AUUUGUUCUGUAAACAUUGUAGUACGCGCUGCCAACCAGUGUUAUACAUGUACUGCCAACUUGAAAUACGGACAUAGCCAGUUAACGGCAAGCACGACCAAGGUUUCAACUCAAGCGGGGUGAUUUAACCUUUAAGUAGUUGAAAUGUUAUGUUUUUGAAGAAUUUUGUUCAAUUUAUUAUUACUGUUUGACCCGACGGUGAUGAAUAUGAACGCAAGUAUCUUAACAUCUCUUGUGCUGUCGGUGUCACAAAAUACUAAAUAUUUUUUAGGCCGACGGAUUGUUAAGAGUUCGACCGCUCGUAGGUUUAAAAGCUAUGAAGGUGAUGGUAAAACUACUGUCAGUAUUCUUAAUACUGAUCCAAGUACAGGUUUAAUGAUAGACUCUUACAGUCAAAUGGGAUUCAGAUUGAAUAAUGGAAUGGUAGUAAUAGGACCAAUGGCUAUUUUCCCCAAAACUGUGUUGAGCUGGAAUAUAGAUAGUGUAACUAAAGUGAAUGAAGAGUCUCUUUCCUUAUUUUGUGCUUUAGAACCGAAACUUGAUAUAUUGAUUCUCGGUGUAGGGGAUAAUCAAGAGUUUUCAACCUUCAAUAGAAACAUUUUGAAAUAUAUGAAUCAGAACAAAAUCAGUGUAGAAGUAUUAACAACAGAACAAGCGUGUACAACUUUUAAUUUUCUGAAUGCUGAAAGACGUUAUGUGGCUGGAGCAUUAAUACCUCCUAAUUCUUUAAGAGUUAAUGAGGAUGAUAUUGCUGCAACUAAAAUCAAAGUGAAGAAAAUAUAUGAAGAUAAUGAUUAGUUUUCUUGUGCUAUAUUGGCCCAUGACAUGAAGCUACAAUGUUUCAAGUAGUCAAAAUAAUUAGCUGCAUAAAAAUAAAAAUGGAUCUAUCUCACUGUUAUAUUUAUUAAACAAAUUAUAAAACUUACAAUGCAUUCUUUUAUUUUUGCAACUGAAAAUUCCUAAACAAAAAAAUUGUGUAAUUCAUUGGGUAAAAUCAUAUUAUGUAAGAAAUAAACAUUUUUAUCAAUUUUCAUUUUACUGCAAAAUAAGUUAAUGAUAGUGUUGAAAAAUAAUUAAAUAUGUUAAAAUAUGGUAAUUGACGAACAGUUGUUUUUCCUUAUAAAUAGUGUAAUGCAAUAUCAUUGAAAUAUAAAUUCUGUAGCAAGACAAUUUAUUAAUGAAAGGGGAUGCAUUACCAUAUCCUUUUUCUUUGACUAUGUUGUAGUGCUACUUUUUUUUAUUUCGUAACGAAAUCAAAGAAGGCAACUAUAGAGAAAUCCAAGUACAUAAGUUAUAAUUUAUAUUUACAUUAUUGUAACAGUCAUUGCUCUUAGAAUACUGUGAAGAACUGUAUUU